GGAACGGUCAUACUAUUCAUUUGCCCAUCCGCGUGCUCUGUUUAUAAUUUAGAAAUUGUUAAUUUUGCUAAGUAAGAAUGGACGACGAGGCAGAAACGUACAAACUGUGGCGCAUUCGCAAGACCAUCAUGCAACUGAGCCACGAUCGCGGUUACCUGGUGACCCAGGACGAGUUGGACCAGACUUUGGAACAAUUCAAGGAGAUGUUCGGCGACAAACCCAGCGAAAAGCGACCCGCUCGCUCUGAUUUAAUUGUUUUGGUGGCCCACAACGACGAUCCCACGGACCAAAUGUUCGUCUUCUUCCCCGAGGAGCCCAAGAUCGGCAUCAAGACCAUCAAGACGUACUGCACCCGCAUGCAGGAGGAAAAUAUCCACCGGGCCAUUGUGGUUGUGCAGGGCGGAAUGACGCCCUCUGCCAAGCAGUCCCUCGUCGACAUGGCCCCCAAAUACAUCCUCGAGCAGUUUCUGGAGUCGGAGCUACUGAUCAACAUCACGGAGCACGAACUGGUGCCCGAGCACGUGGUCAUGACCGUCGAGGAGAAGCAGGAGCUGCUCAGCCGUUACAAACUGAAGGAGAACAUGCUGAUGCGCAUCCAGGCGGGCGAUCCGGUGGCCCGCUACUUCGGACUGAAGCGCGGCCAGGUGGUCAAGAUCAUCCGCUCCUCGGAGACGGCCGGUCGGUACAUCUCCUACCGGUUGGUGUGCUGAUGGGACCACAGACUCUUCAGGGAUUCCCCGAUCUAAAUAUGUAGCUUAAGAACUCUAUGAUUUAAGGGAGAGACAGCGACUUUUAUAACGUCAAUAAAUCGCUAGCUUUUCAAA